UGCGCGCUGCCGUUUGUAUCUGUCUAUACGUUUGUGGGUGUGUGUGUGUCUGUGUGUGCACCUCAAGCAGCUCUGCUAAACGGAUUAUUAGUUGGUCGGAGGGUGAUAAAAUCAUGUCUGGUAACUGUUCAGACACUGUAUUAGCCUGGCUGGUGUUCAGUACUCGUAUUUACUGAGGGAUGAAGAGCAGGAAACAGAGGACGGUCAAAGCUGGAAGCAGCAAGAGGAAAGUCUCCAGCGAUGUGUCCCCCUCCACCAGCCUCCCUCCUCUGGUCGAGGGCCAGCUGAGAUGCUUCCUGCGGGUGACGAUAAGCCGGAUGUUAUGGACAGUCCACAAGCCUCCCUCUGCAACGUUCAUCAGACUUCGCUGGUGGGGAGAGUCAUCCAAUGGGACACACUUCUUUCCAAGAGAUGGAUCACAGCUCUCACAGAAGAGCAUCAAGACCACAGCUCGCUUCGCCAUCCGCUGUGGGCCAAAACAGUUCACCUCAUAUCUUACAGAUAUGGGCUCAUUGGUGCUGGAAGUUCUGACAAAAGCGGAUCAUUUGCCUAUUGCCCGGGCUCAGGUGGCUGGCAUCUCCCGUCUUUCUCUGUCACACCCCAUUAGUGGAUUUUACACCCUUGUAUCGCCAACAUCUGAAAAGCUGGGAGAGCUACAGGUUUCACUUAAUUUGGAACCACUGGCUGAAGCCUAUGACAGCAGCAGCUCAGGUCCUGCCACCGAUAUAAGCGUUGAAGGACCACAAGUUGCCACACUGACUGUGCCCUUGCUGCCCAGAUCACUCUCAGCUGGCAGCGGAAAAGAAUCAGUCGGGAGCAGCAAUGGAAACACACCAAGAGGGAAAGACCACUUAUAUUUCCAAAAUGCCCAGAAAGAUGAAGGCAAAGGAGGGUUGCUUGAGAAUCAGAUGCCGAUAACAAACCGAUCUCAGACCAGUCAAACAGCUGUGAAUCCCUCAAAUCAGGAGCCACCCAAUGAUAUCAUCUCUGUUAUUUUAGAGCGUGGGAACAAGCUUAGAAAUGCCAUGGUGGUAUCAGCUUUGACUUGUAACAUGGAUUCAGCCCCGGCUCUGAAAGAUACCCCUCUGCCUCUCCCAAAGGACAACAUCCUACCCCCUUCCAAGCCCAUUCCCUCUCCUCCUGGGAUGUUUCUUCAAAAUAUUCUGCAUGCUGAUUCAGCUCUCAAACACUCUGAGGAUAUGACUGUAGUCUCAGACUCUGGCUUAGAAUGUGUUGCUGACAUGGACAACAGAGCUGUAGAUCUUCUCCUUGGCAGCUUAAACACAUCUCCUUUGCCUCUCUGGGAUGUAGAGGGCCUCUCCCCUGAAUCUCUGUCUGGCCACAGCAGUGUUUGUGGGGAUAGUGAGCUCAAUGAUCCACAGUACGAUCAGAGCUUACUGGAAAAUUUGUUCUACAAAACUCCUAUGUCAGAUGUCAGACCAGAUGACAGAGAGGCAGACGGUCAAGAAAUAAUGUCCUCGAAGAAAAAUCAACCAAAACAGCUGACACGGUCUGGACCCAAGAUUAGUGGAGGCCUAAAUCCAGGGCAACAGCAGUCUCCAGAUGGUGUUGGUAUUCUUCCUGGCCUGAGCGCAGAGCAGUUGACUUUGCUGAGUUUGAUCCAAGUAGCGAGAGUGACCAUCGACUACCUUACCGUACCUACAGGCACCACCACCACCACACCGAGGAAGACCUCCAAUAAAGGGAAACCUCCUCGACCAUUAACCAACAAAAAGUGCACUUACUUUGUUGAGUACGCACUCCCAAUGGCGUCUACUUCUAGUCGGUAUGAUGGUGGCAAAGCUGUGGGUGGUGAGGUGACCAGAGCUGUUUCCAGCAAAAUCACAGGAGGAGCGGUGAAGUUCCUCCAGCACUCUGUAUUUCCUGUCCACUUCAGCACAGAAACAGUUAAACAGUGGUGGGAAACUGAUCUGAUUUUCACGAUUUACUCACGGAAGAACGACCAAAAGAAACCUGUUGCCGUCGGUAAGGCAGUUCACCCACUGCGUUAUCUGCUGCAGAGCAAGCAGCUGACGCAGUCUGUUGUCUUACCUGUACAAAACCUGGAAGGACACCGCGAAGCAAAGGAGAUUGGACCACUCGUGGUGUCACUACAACUUGCCACAGACAGCAAAAAUUUCUCCUCUGGAAAAAGCAAACACAAGCUGGCUUGGAGAGACACAUCGCCUUCACAAACUGCACUUAGUCCUCAGAGAGAGACGAGCCCCAGACCUCAACCUGUUCAUACUGGCAGAGAGGAGUUACCUACUCCCUCUUUAGAAAACUCCAGGCUUAAUAUUUGGAGUCCACAGAAACCCACAAAAGAACCCACUCCUCAUCCCGGCCUCCACACAUCACCUUAUAAAUCAAGGCAGCAGGUGGAGGAGGACCCUGAGGUCCUGCUGCAUACUUUACUCAUGGUGCCAGAUGGAAAGAACUUCAGCUGUGGGCCCGUGCAGGCUCCAAAUGUGUACUUGAACUGUAAACUCUUUUGGUGCGAUGAGAUGGCGAGAUCUGUUGUCAGCUGGGGUCAAGCAAACCCUUCUUUUAACUUUGUUCAGGUCACUCCUGUGGCUUUAACAACUAAGCUGUUGGAGCGGAUGAAGAAUAAUGUGAUGGUAAUCGAGGUGUGGCAGAAAACUGGAAGCUCUCAGCAAGAUCGUCUCGUGGGUCUUGUUAAAUUACCUCUUCACCAGUUCUACAUGUCAUUUAGGGAUCCAAAGAUAGCCCACCUGCUUCUCCAGGCGCAGUACCCUGUUUUAGGGGUAGACUGCUACAUGCCGGUCAUUGACGUGUUCUCAGGGAGUUGUAAAGGAAACCUCAGGGUUGUUCUGGCUAUGGGAGGAUCAGAGCAGAUAGUCGCCCUCCAGCGCACCAGGGAUGAGGAAUAUGACUGUUUGUCUCAUCUUGUGAAACCAGUUCAUCUGCUCGAUCACCAGCCACAUUCUCAAACAAAGGUGAUGGCAGCACAAGGGGAAACUUUGAGAGAGCAUCUAUUUGUGAUAAGAGUGGAGAAAGUCAACGGGCUGACACCUCUGCAGAGUACAGUGUGGGGUGAAGCUGACUGCUACGUCCAGUAUAGUUUCCCCUGUCAGGACGGUGACCCUGCUGCAACAGUGGACCAAAACCUCAUAGAGAGUAGUGUGAACCUGAAACCGUUUCGUACCACCACCACCCUCUGUGUGCCAGACCCGAUGUUUGGCCACACUGAGACUCACGUGCUUCUGGCUCCUGAGGGAGUUCCUGUUCAGAGGUUACUGCUCAGCUCUCUUUCAACUCAAGGCCUGAGCAGCGGAGGAGGGGUCCAGUUUGAAGUGUGGUGCAGGUAUUAUUAUCCAAAUGUCAGGGAUCAGCUUGUGGCCAAAGGACUGCUUCCGUUGUCUAAGCUGUGUGCCAUGGUCACGAUGCAGAGACAACAUCUUAAUGAGGCCCAGAUGUUCUCCCUACCCCUGAUUCCCAGGACAGAUAGUCCCCCAGGACAUCAGCCCCAGCCCUCAGGCCUGCUAGAUGUGUGCAUUCGGUACAAGCACCGGCCUGUGAGACCUGAGGCACAGACUGGUAGAGGAGCUGCUUCUCGCAUUGUUACACUUGUGAUUCAAGUGCACAGAGCAUCAGGUCUGCAGGCAGCAGCAAGGAUCAUAUCAGAAAAAGAUGAAAGGUUCAGCUACUUUGCCAGCGUGGGGGUGAACACAUACGUUACAGUCCAGCUCUCCUUCUUGCCUGAAAGUCAGAGGAGGAGUACUCGCAUAACUGCCAGGACCUUCUUACCUGAGUUCGACAACCACAUGGAGGUGUCUUGUGAUCUGCUGGUUCAGAGAAGCACUGGAGAAACCUGCAGCCUGGCUGAGCAGCUGGAGGAGGCUUCUGCUGUCUUCACUGUUUGGAACAAAGACAAUCGCAAAGUGAAUGUCUCCAAGCCUAAAGAUGUUAUGUUGGGCACAGUGAAAGUACCACUUGCUGAUCUCAUCCAUAAAAGAACAGGUAUUUCUGGCUGGUAUGGAGUAUAUAUACCUCAGGAAACAAGUUCUUCUCAGCACCAGCACGUCCUUGUCGGGGGUCUAGAGAUCUCCAUCAACUUUGCCCACCACUCAGACAGAGAGAGAGUCAUUAAAGCUGCUCAGGGUUUAGGCUGGGUAAUGGCCCAGAGUGACUAUGAAAUACAGGAUGAUGAAGAGGCCUGGGAAGAAAGCAUCAAGAAACUCUAUCUUACUUUUUCAAUGCCUAGAGCUUGGCUACCAGUCCACUGUUUGCUUCUGCCAGGCCACAGUGAGCUUCAGCGCUCCACCUACUGCUACUUCAGGUACAAGUUUUAUGACCAGGAAGCCUUCUGCUCUCAGAUGAAACACCCGUCAGUCGUAGAGGGCGGGAUGGACAACCAGGCCACGGUGAGUUUUGAAGGAAGUAGAACUGUGGAACUGAGAAGUUCCCAACCUUUAAUGUGGUAUCUACGAGAGGAGCGGCUAGAGGUGCAGGUGUGGGUCGCCUUCACGAAGAACAAAAGCAGAAGACCCUCUGACACAGACCGACUUGUUGGCUCAGCAUUUAUCGAUCUGUCCUCUCUUGCAAAGACACGCAAGCAGAAGCUGACUCUCAGUGGCGUAUACCCACUGUUCAGGCGCUCUGCAGCAGAUCUACAAGGGGCAGCUCUCAGGGUGCACAUCACCCUAACAGCAGAUUCUGUCCCCAGGGAGGCAUCUACUGGAGCUGACAUCCAGGUGGACUCUGACAGCCAGGGUGAGCUCUUAUCAGAGGAGGUGGAAAGAGAAGAUCAACCUCCCUCGUCCACUACUCCCAAAAAGUCAUGUACACAAAGCAGACACAAGAAUAAAUCCUCCAGAACCACUCCAGACAUCACAUCUGUGCAGCACACUGAAAUGAGCACGGAUGACUCCUUCCCUGUGACGGUUGCAGUGGACCAGGCCAUGCACCUGAAUCUGAAAAGCUGUCCUCUAGCAGAGCGCAGUGAAGGGACUCCAUGCUGCUGCAUUUCAUAUGUCACCGCUGACUCUGCAGAACCAGUGUCCACAGCUGUCAUUGCCAACACUGACUGCCCCGUUUGGGACCAUCAACAUGAGUGCAGGCUUUCAAAGGAGCUACUGAUUGAUCCACAGCAAUCUCUCGUGUUCAAAGUCUGGCACAAAGGAGAAAUAGAGAGGGUGCUUGGAUUUGCCUCCGUAGACUUGUCCCCUUUACUCUGUGGGUUCCAGUCAGUGUGUGGUUGGUACAACAUCACAGACUUCAGUGGUCAGUGUCACGGCCAGCUCAAAGUGUCCAUCACUCCGCUAAAGGGAGUCCAAGACCUCAGAGGACAGAGAAGAACUGUGAAUGAAGAAGCUGCCAAAAACUCAUCUGCUUUAUUGCAGACCCUUCCUCUCAGCUAUCAUACCACAGCCACCUACAGUAGCUUCCCCUCUCACAUCAGCCGCUACCCUGAGCAGACAAUCUCCUCUCCUGACCACACAGACAGGCUGUUCUCUGAGAGGUCCAAUGAGAGUGACCGUCAUGUUGAGCACAUGGACAAAGUACGUCUAUACCAUCAGAGUCUGCAGGAGCAAACAGCAGCUCACUCUGCCUGCAGCAGCAGUGCAGGUGACAUCAAUCCCUCCAGCUCAUUCCUGUUUUCAGCACUCAGGAGAAAACUCAGUGAGCUUGACAACAUCCAGAGAUAUUUCAGCCGUAAACUUUCCACUCCCACCUUCCCGUCUGUGACUGAGCAGGACUGUCACACCAAACAUGAGCAACACAGAGAGUCAGAGACAGACACAAAACAGCUUCUUCUCAAGUCCAACCAGUUAGUCGGAGAAGUCAACAAUAUCAUUAGUGGUCUACGAGGACACCACCUGGAAACGAUUCCUUCCAACCCCCCCAGCUUCUCAACAACUUCCCCUGCCGGAAGCGAAAACCAUCAAACUAUCCCUGAAAAUAUCUCAAGUCUACGCAGAGCUUCAAAUUCUUCCCAAGAAGAUGCAUCUAUUCUGUUGUCUCCACUUCCGAAGAUGUCUGAAGACCAUACAGACUCUGAGGCUGAGGAAGAAAAGGAUAGACGGAGUUACACAAUUGUCCGAGUAUCUGAGGUUGAAAUCGAAGAAGGAACAGAUGAAGAUGAAAAUGGGACAGACCGUGGACAGGACGAGGAUGCUGAUGAUGAUGACGAAGGGGAGGAUGAAGAUUACGAGGAGGUUGUGGUGAAGCCAAGGCAUCUAAAUGAGGUGACCUCUUUAACAGACAAAACCAGUCCUUGGACCAGCAUGAUGUCAGACCCUGACAUGGUUUCUCUGGAGAGCCUGGAGGCACCAGAGGAGCCGGACCUGAACCAAGAUGAGGAAGAGAGGAGGCAGGUGGUAAAUGUGGAACCUCACGACUCCAGUGGGAAACACGAAUGUACAAGACAAGGGGAAAGUGACAGUUUUAAUGAAUCAGCAGGAGACGCUUCAGACACUGAGACAGGUGGUGAAAGGACACAGCAAGCAGAAGGCCCCAAAGCCUGAACAAGGGGUCAGGUGACACAGAUCCAUCACCCUCUAUACUGCAUGCCACAGAUACCCCUGAUUCUUCCCUGGACGAUCAAGAUUCACAGCUCCAACCCUCGGUCCCUGUGGAGGUCCCUAAUUUCUUCCUCCCCUCUCACCACCUGGAGGCAUCAAUGAGAGCCAUAAAAUUAGCUCCUUCCUUCUCCCAGACAUCCAGUGACCCAGGGCAGAUCUCUCCUGUUCAGAGCUUUCCUCAUCGCAGAAGUCCUCGACAGCGUCCCAACAUGUCACCAUCAUCUAUGAAGAAAGAGACUGAAAGGAUAGCAAAAAUAUUUGCAGCUCACUUUGGAGACAAUCAUUAGUAUGUGCUGGUUUUAGCCUAAGACCAUGAAAAGAUCAUGUGAUUUUAAUGUAACAUUUUGUAUUUUUAUAAAUAAAUAUUUAGUGUUUACUGUU